CUGCACGGUUUUCUUUCAAUUCCACGUUCCUUGCUUUUGAUGAGAUGUGAGUUAAUGCAUGAAUAACAAAACGUUUGGAUAGUUCUUUAACUCCACAGCUGGAUAUAUAUAGGCGCAUGUUACGCAUCCAGAUAUCAGGAUUGUUUUCAUCUGCAGCUUCUGGAUGUGCGCUCGUGAAUGUAUUACGUCAUUUUGCCCUUUAUUCUUGCUCUACCAAAAAAGCUGAAUUUGAGCAACAUGCAGAGAACGUAAAGAAAGUGAAAACCAGACCUACAGACCAAGAGCUGCUGGAUUUGUAUGGCCUCUAUAAGCAAGCCAUCGUUGGGGACAUUAAUACUGACAAACCUGGAAUUACAGAUUUGAAAGGGAAAGCCAAAUGGGAUGCUUGGAAUUCAAGGAAAGGUAUGUCAAAUGAAGAUGCCAUGAAUGCCUACAUAUCCCUGGCCAAGAAAGCCAUUGAAAAGUACGGAAUGUGAUUGGAGAAAUCAUCUACUUAGUUUUAGGUAGAUAUUAAAGCUUCACUAUGAAAAAACUGUAAGAUUAAAAUAUGAAUCGAGGUCAGGAUUUUUUUGUUUGUUUUGGGUUUUUAACCUGUUUUCUUCUUAUGUGAUAUAGAUUAACAGAUUAAAAGAUAACUCACUUGGUUUCAUAGAGAUACCACUCAACUCUAAAGAUGUAAGAAUAUAAUCUUGUAAUUAAAUAAAGAUGUCAAAUAUGUUAAA